AUGGCGGCCAUUGAAAACCAACAGCUCCUGGAGGACCCUGAUCUGGGAGGGUGGAGGCAGAAGACAGGGGACCACCCCCUCGGGUUUGCCCUGCGGCUCGCUCACUUCCCUUUUUGGGGCGCCAUGCCCGGCUCCCCGCCUCCGCCCCCUCCACUUUGCAGGGAGCAGGUUGAAAGGGGCGGGCGCGCGCAGCCGCUGGGAACACAGCUGCCGCACGUAGCCCGGCUCACGUGGCCGCUCCCCGCCAGGGACAGGGGCCCGGACCAGGGUCGUCUCGGCUGCCUGGGCGCCCUCGCCCCCGGCUCCCUGCCCGGCAGCCCCCUCCGCGCCAUGCAGCAGCUGCCCCGGCUGCUGCACCCCGCGCUGCCACGGGGACUGCAGCCCCCGGACCGCUCCUGGGAGCUCACUCUUCAUCCUGUUCUCGUGUCCCACGCGCCUGACACUCAAGACCCUCCCCAGCCCAGCAGCUCCAACCUCGCUGCGGUGCCUGGCUGUGGGGGAUGUUUGGUGCCGGCCCCGCCCCCCGCUAGUGCAGCUUCCAGGAUCCCAGCCCCGCUGCUGGGCAGUGCUGCAGCACCCCCGUCCCCUCCCCCCAUCCCUGCAGUGGUCCCGGGAGCCGCGCGCCGCAGCCGCAGCAUCCCCCUCCCCUCUGCACUGAGCUGGCCGCUGCAGCAGCCCCGGCCCCCCCACCCCCGCCCGCGGCGCCGAGCCCGGCCACUGCAGCCCCCGCCCUGCCCGCCCCCUAGACGCUUCCGAGCUGGAGAGUCUGAUGAUGGGCGCGUCGCUUCUUUAGACCGCAGUUGUGCCUGUGUCACUCUGCCAUGCUCUGUGUCCCAGUUCUUUCCCCCUUUUUCCUCCAGGGGUGCUUUCUCUGUGGUCCGCAGGUGUGUGAAGAAAACCUCUACGCAGGAGUAUGCAGCAAAAAUCAUCAAUACAAAGAAGUUGUCUGCGCGAGAUCACCAGAAACUAGAACGUGAAGCCCGAAUAUGCCGACUUUUGAAACAUCCAAAUAUUGUGCGCCUCCAUGACAGUAUUUCUGAAGAAGGGUUUCAUUACCUCGUGUUUGACCUUGUUACCGGCGGAGAGCUGUUUGAAGACAUCGUGGCCAGAGAGUACUACAGUGAAGCUGAUGCCAGCCACUGUAUACAUCAGAUUCUGGAGAGUGUUAACCACAUCCAUCAGCAUGACAUUGUCCACCGGGACCUGAAGCCGGAGAACCUGCUGCUGGCAAGUAAAUGUAAGGGUGCCGCUGUCAAGCUGGCUGAUUUUGGCCUAGCCAUCGAAGUGCAGGGAGAGCAGCAGGCUUGGUUUGGUUUUGCUGGCACCCCAGGUUACUUGUCCCCUGAGGUCUUGAGGAAAGAUCCCUAUGGAAAACCGGUGGAUAUCUGGGCCUGUGGGGUCAUCCUGUAUAUCCUCCUGGUGGGAUACCCUCCCUUCUGGGACGAGGAUCAGCACAAGCUGUAUCAGCAGAUCAAGGCUGGAGCCUAUGAUUUUCCAUCACCAGAGUGGGACACGGUGACUCCUGAAGCCAAGAACUUGAUCAACCAGAUGCUGACCAUAAACCCAGCAAAGCGCAUCACAGCUGAUCAGGCUCUCAAGCACCCAUGGGUCUGUCAACGAUCCACGGUGGCGUCCAUGAUGCAUCGUCAGGAGACUGUGGAGUGUUUGCGCAAGUUCAAUGCCCGAAGGAAACUGAAGGGUGCUAUCCUUACGACCAUGCUUGUCUCCAGGAAUUUUUCAGCUGCCAAAAGCCUAUUGAACAAGAAGUCAGAUGGCGGUGUCAAGCCACAGAGCAACAACAAAAACAGUCUCGUAAACCCAGCCCAAGAGCUCGCGCCCUUGCAGACGGCCAUGGAGCCACAAACCACCGUGGUGCACAAUGCUACAGAUGGGAUCAAGGGCUCCACAGAGAGCUGCAACACCACCACGGAAGAUGAGGACCUUAAAGCUGCCCCGCUCCGCACUGGGAAUGGCAGCUCGAUGCCUGAAGGACGGAGCUCCCGGGACAGAACAGCCCCCUCUGCAGGCAUGCAGCCCCAGCCUUCUCUCUGCUCCUCAGCCAUGCGAAAACAGGAGAUCAUUAAGAUCACAGAACAGCUGAUUGAGGCCAUCAACAAUGGGGACUUUGAGGCCUACACGAAGAUUUGCGAUCCUGGCCUCACUUCCUUUGAGCCCGAGGCCCUUGGCAACCUAGUGGAAGGGAUGGAUUUCCAUAAGUUUUACUUUGAGAAUCUCCUCUCCAAGAACAGCAAGCCCAUCCACACCACCAUCCUGAACCCGCACGUUCACGUAAUCGGGGAGGACGCUGCUUGCAUCGCCUACAUCCGCCUCACCCAGUACAUCGAUGGGCAGGGCCGGCCUCGCACCAGCCAGUCGGAGGAGACUCGGGUCUGGCACCGCCGGGAUGGCAAGUGGCUCAAUGUCCACUACCACUGCUCAGGGGCCCCUGCCGCACCUCUGCAGUGAGCUCAGCCACAGGGGCAUUAGGAGUUCCCAGCUGGAGGUCGAACCUUCGCAGCCAGUGGCUCUGGAGGGCCUGAGUGACAGCGGCAGUCCUGUUCGUUUGAGGUUUAAAACAAUUAAAUUACAAAGCGGCAGCAGCCAAUGCACGCCCCUGCAUGCAGCCCUCCCGCCCGCCCUUCGUGUCUGUCUCUGCUGUACCGAGGUGUUUUUUACAUUUAAGAAAAGAAAAAAAGAUUGUUUAAAAAAAAAAAGGAAUCCGUACCAUGAUGUGUUUUAAAACCACCGAUAGCCUUGGGCUGGCAAGAAAGCAAGAGUUUGUGUGACGCCCAUCCUGGCAUGAGCAGCGGGCUCACCCACCAGCCCAGAAGAGGCACGCUCGGCCUCUGGCCCCCAUGGACUCAGGGGGACCAGGCAAGAACUCUGACAGAGCUUCGGGGCCAUGAUGUGAUUGCAGCCUCUGAUGUGGCCUGCCUGCCCCAGGUGUAGGAAUGGACUUCUUCAGAACUUGCAUGGGUGCCUAGAAUGAGGCUGAUGAGAACAUCGUGGCCGUCAGACCUGUUUGGGAGAGGACGCAGAGCUCCCAGCCUGCUACAGAGGCAGCUGAGAUGCAGUGGCCUCAGGACUGAGGGCCCGGACGUUGCUGUACUGUUCCGUGUAGUGUAGAAGGGAAGAGAAUUGGUGCUGCAGAAGUGUGUUCGCGCCGAAGCCGAUGAGAAACCUCGUGUUAGUCUGACAUGCACUCACUUACUCAUCCAUUUCUAUAGGAUGCACAAUGCACGGGGGCCCUGAUACUGAGGCCUGAACCCUUGCAGGGAAGGGGAGGGGUUGCCGCUUUGCUUUGUGUUUGUUUUCUUAUAACUUAGCAAGGAGAGAGCCAAGCCCUGGUCAGGCCUCUCCUUGCCACGUUUGGCAGUUGUUUUUGUGCUGACUUGGACCAUCUUUGUCUUGCCUUUUCAUGGUGGUGGUCCCUGUGCUGACACUCAUUUGGACCUGGGCCCUCUGCCAAGUGCCCCUGUGGGAUGGGAGGAGUGAGGCAGUGGGAUUAGAGGUAGUGGUUGUUUCUAUGCAUUUGGGCUGCCCUCAGAACUGCCUCCCUUUUACUCUUCCCUUGCUGCACGUCCGUCUCUGUUCCUGUCUGAGAUUGACCUGACUGCUCUGGCAAGAAGAACACGUGUCCUCUUUAAAGAGGCCUCUUCACUGACGAACCAAACUAUAGACUUACUGCUGGACAAUCUGCAUGGGCAUCGUCCUGCUCCCACUUGCAUGCCCCCAAAAGAGGUGUCCAGAGCCAUGGCCCCUACAUUCACUUUCCCUCUCUGUGCUCGAAGAGUUCCAUUCCAGGAGGAAAAGAUCUAUGCUCUAAGCAGAUAGCAGAGAAGGGAAUGGAGGAGCAAUUGGUCAUGGCCUGGGUUUUCCCAAAACAACUGUUCAGAGUUGUCUGCACAAAUAUCUGCACUUUGGGGGAAAGGUAUGUAGACCCCAACUCCCUGGCAUAUCUCCAGGAGGCACAGGAGCUGGGGAAGAGGCAGAGCUGGGUUUACCUUGGAGCCAGCUGAGACAAGAGCAGACUCACAGGUGCUGGUGCUUGGAUUUGGCCAGGCUCCUCCGAGCACCUCAUGCAUGCCCCAGCUCCUGGGCCCUGUCCCUUUCCUGCCCAGCAGCCUGCAGUGCCAGCACGCAGACACCUUCAUCACGGGGUUUGGUUUUGCUGGCUUGAAGACAAAUGGUCUUAGAGUUCAUUGAGACCCAUCGCUUCAUAUGGCUGCUCCAGCCCCACGUCUUCUUAGCAUUCUUCCUCUUCUGGGGCUAAUGUCGGCAUCUAUAGACUAUUAAAAAAAAAAAAAAAUCACCUUUUAAACAGGAAAUGGAAGGCAUUUGAUGCAGAAUUUUUGCAUGAUGACAUAGAAAUAAUUUAAAAAUAGUGUUUGUUCUGAAUGUUGGUAGACCCUUCAUAGCUUUGUUACAAUGAAACCUUGAACUGAAGAUAUUUAAUAAAAUAACCUUUAAACAGUC